AUGUCUUCUGCUGUCCGUUGUACCAUUUUGAUUUUUAUUUUGACCGUAAAAAUUCAAGCUUUCGUCCCAGGAAGCUUUGAGAAAUGGACCUUUGGAACAAAGGCUGAUUUCAAGUCUAUACCCGAAAGCGAUAGUCUGCUGGAUCAAUUGGGGCCAAAACUUCAAGGUAAGGAGUUCAAAAUCAAAAUUUUUCGCCGUCAAAAGUACUUUAGACCUCAUUCCGCACCCUUGGAAGCAUCUUCUGGCCCAGAUUUCGCUCUCUGAACUUUCUGGCCUCAAAGAUAUCGCUCUUCAACUUCCUCAGCUCGCCGACCUCUCCAAAUUCGAAGCUCUCCUCCAAUCAAAAUCCCCAGUUAUUUUCGGAUUUGCCAAGCAAACCUUCCAGGAAACCAAGGCAGUUUUUCAGGACAAGAAAGCCCAAUUAUCUCCAGAUUCCCUUCAAUUUUUCACUGAUGUAAGCUUACUUUGCUUGCCAUAGAAUUUCGUGCUACAGCGGUUACAUGUAACCAAAUCUACCCUACUUUUAGCUUCUUGACAUCAACAAGGAGUCUCUGCAAAAGUCGACCCAACUUAUUCUUGGGUUGAAAACUGAAGUCAAGGACAAUUUGAAGGCCACUUUCCCUGAAAUCGCCGAGCUUCUGAAGACUCCAGCGGCCCAGAAGACCAUUCCUUUGAUUAUCAACGCAACUGCCCCUUGA